AUGUGCCUAGCAGGAUACGAAGGGGAUCCUCAACAUGGUUGUGUCGAUGUAAAUGAGUGUAUCAAUAAUCCGUGUGGUCGAGGAGCUUAUUGUUUCAAUACAAAAGGUGGCUUUGUAUGCGAAUGUCCUCGUGGAUCAUCAGGUGAUCCGUAUGAAAGUGGAUGUGCCGGUGGAGGUCCUAUGGCCAAACAAGAAUGUUCAGCUAAUGACGAUUGUGAUAAUUACUUGGCAUGCAUUCAAGGAAGUUGUGUUAAUCCUUGCGAUGACGUACCUUGUGGCCCCAAUGCUUAUUGUGAGCCUGAUAAGCACGCAGCUUGGUGUCGCUGUGUCAUUGGUUUCGUUGAUGGCAAAAACAACGAAUGUGUUUCUCAAUGUGAUGGUUUCGUAUGUGGUGCUGGAGCCCAAUGCAUCGUCAGUUACGAUGGACCAACAUGUAAGUGCAUUGAAGGCUUUAUGGGCAAUCCGUUCCCAGGUGGUCAGUGUUUUCCAGACGUCUGCUCGCCUGAAGUACCAUGUGCUGAGCCUAGUAUUUGCAUUGGAGGUCGUUGUAAACGACGAUGUGAAGGUGUCGUAUGCGGCGUUGGAGCCAUGUGUGAUCCCAAUACCAAUAAAUGCAUUUGCAAUCCUUAUUUUGUGGGAAAUCCUGAUUUUUUAUGCAUGCCACCAAUUGAACCACCCAAAUGUGAUCCCUUAUGCGGUUCUAAUGCACACUGCGAGUAUGGCCUGAUAGAAUCGAAGUGUGUAUGUAAUCCAGGCACCAAUGGCAAUCCUUACUUGAGUUGUGGCAUUCAAGAAAAGCCAGACUGUUCUAGAACUCACUGUGGCGUUGGAGCACAAUGUAACACUGGACCUAACGUCGCUGAAUGUGUUUGUCCUCAAGGUUAUGCCGGAAAUCCAUACAUUCAGUGUUCUGGCAAUUAUGACUGCCGUUGUAAAGAUGGUUACUUCGGAAAUCCAUUCACCAGCUGCCAACGCGUGGAAAUUGGCACUUGCAAAGAUCCAAAUUCUUGCGCUUGCAACCAAGAGUUGCUUUGUCCCUUAGACUACACUUGUAUUUCUGACAAAUGUGUCAACAAAUGUAGCAAUGUCAAGUGCGGUCCACGCUCCAUCUGCCAAGAUGGUACGUGUGUUUGCCCACCCGGUUAUCAUGGAAAUCCCAACGACCAACGACGUGGAUGUCAACAACGUGGCCACUGCUCUAAUGAUCUUGAUUGCGAGGCACAACAAAUUUGUUUUCAAAUUGGAAAGGGUACUCGAAAAUGUGUUGACGGUUGCAGUAAGCUGCAAUGUGGACCAAAUGCCCUUUGCGUUUCAGAAAAUCAUGUAUCAUCAUGUCUCUGUGUUGAUGGUUUCUCUGGGAACCCAAGUAAUCUCAGUGAAGGUUGCCAACCUGGAAAAUCAGUUGGUGACAUUGCUUGUCAUGAUAAUAACGAUUGUGAAGCUGACUACUUCUGCUUACUAGCUCCAAAUGGUAUCAGAGAAUGCAUAAAUCCUUGCAGUAAAAUUUCGUGCGGGUCCCAUCAAAAAUGUGAAACUGAUAAGAACGGGCGAGCCGCUUGCAAAUGUCUUAAUAGCUAUAAAUGGAAUCCAGUAAGCUCUUCUUGCGAAAAACCCUCUGUACCUGAUUGUACUAACGACAGUGAUUGCCGCAACACAGAAGUCUGUCAUCCAGAUGCUCUAGGUGUACUCAAAUGUAAAUCAAUCUGCAAGAGCUUCACUUGCACAACUAAUUCCCAAUGUAUAGCUAAUAAUCAUCAGGCCAGAUGCGAAUGUUUGCCAGGAUUUACUGGAAAUCCGAAUGACCGCUAUGGCUGUAUAAGCUCUAGUAAAGACCAGUGUAUAAGUGACAUUGAUUGUCCAGAAUAUGAAACUUGUAAGUCUAGUAACGAUGGCGUUUUAUCUUGUCAACCAGUUUGCAAUUUCUUGUCCUGUGGUCCAAAUGCCUUAUGCGUUGUAAAUAAUCAUGUAGCUAACUGUGAAUGUCUACCUGGUCUAUACAUUGGUGAUCCUAAUGACUCAAAUAAAGGCUGUCAGAGCGUACCCUGCGUUUACAACAUUGAUUGUCCACCAACGCAGCUUUGUAAUUUGCAGAAGCACACUUGCUAUGAUGCCUGUGACGUAAAUUCUUGUGGUCUUAAUGCCGUUUGUAUAGCCGAUGACCAUAAAUCAAUUUGUCAAUGCCCACCAGGUUUUAAGCCUAAUCCUGUAGCUGACAUCGAAUGUGCAGCUAUCGACAUUUGUCAAUCCAAUACUUGUCACUCAACAGCUAUUUGCAUUACUGAUGCCUCUAACAGUCCUGUCUGUCAAUGUCCACUGAAUCAGUUGGCUUCCAAGGUAAUCCAACUGCUCAACAAGGUUGCGUUCGAGUACCAAAUAGCUGCAAAAGUAUUAGCGAUUGUUCCAACCAACACCUUUGCGUAUCAGGACAAUGCCAACUCAAAUGCAAAGAACACAACAGUUGUGCUCAAGGUGAACGUUGUCAUAACGAAAUUUGUAUAA